UCUCGGUUUCCUCUUCGGUUUCUCUCCUUGGUUCAGAUCGUCUUUUCAGAUCAGGGGGAGAAAAGGAGAGAAGUGGGGGAGAGAUGAAGGAGGCGACGGCGUCGGGGGGCGGCGCGGCGGCGGGGGCGAACGACCCGAGGCAGCCGGGGACGGCGAGGCCGUACGCGCCGCCGAAGCUGUCGUCGCAGGACCUGCCCGUCGACUACGCGGGCUUCCUCGCCGUCGUCUUCGGCGUCGUCGGCGUCAUGCUCCACUACAAGGUUUGCUCGUGGAUCGCCAUCAUCUUCUGCGCGCAGUCGCUGGCGAACAUGAAGAACUUCGAGAAUGACCUCAAGCAGCUCUCCAUGGCUUUCAUGUUUGCUGUCAUGGGUUUGGUGACGAACUAUUUUGGGCCUCGUCCAGGCGCGGCAAAGCGCUAGCUAAUCCGCACACCAUGGGCUGUAUGGAUUUUUCUUGUUAUAUUUCUGAAUCUUUGAGUCGUGCACGCAUCAAAUGUACCACCACCUCAUCGAUUAGGGACCGAGACAUUGUAUUAUGAUGCUUAGUAAUUUACUUGCUCUUCCAGUUUGGUUAUGAAGAUAGUCGAAGGGCCUUUGCCUACAUUCUUCUUCA